AUGUCUUUGACCUACUCCGAUAACCUGGCUCCUCAGCCUUCCACCGAUAUCUUUACCGGUGACACCAACAUCGACAGGCGCAAGUGCCACCGCAAUGUGCCCAUGAAGGUGCUUGCUCUCGGUGUUGGCCGAACAGGAACAGCUUCCCUCCGCAUUGCUCUUGAACGCCUGGGCUACCUCAAAUGUUACCACAUGAUGUCUGCCAGUAUGGAGAACCCUCCUGACUGUCUGAUGUGGCACGACGCUCUCCUCGCCAAGUAUGAGGGUGUGGGUGAAUUUGGCCGCAAGGAAUGGGACCAGCUUCUCGGAGACUGCCAGGCUGUUUGCGACUGGCCCGCCUGUGCUUUCGCUAAGGAGCUUAUUGAAGCCUACCCCAAUGCUAAGGUCAUUCUGACCACUCGCGAGGUGGACUCAUGGCACGCAUCCGUCAUGAAGACCGUCCACUGGCGUGUGUCUGACCCUGAGCACCGCUUCGUUUCGAACUUCAGCUGGGCCGCCAGCAUGUACUAUCCCAUGCUGAACAAGUUCUUUGAGACCUUUUUCCGCGGCGAUUUCCCCAACAAGGGCAAGGAGGUCUACGAAGACCACGUCGAAGAGGUUCGCGCCCUCGUUCCUCCAGAGCGACUGCUCGAGUACAAGAUUAGCGACGGCUGGGGCCCGCUGUGCGAGUUCCUCGGCGAAGAAGUUCCAGACACUACAUUCCCCCGUGGAAACGACAUGGCCGACUUCUUCAAGCGCUGCCGUGGCCGCAACCGACGCCAGAUGGCCAACGCCGCUCUCCAGGCUGUUACUGUGGGCGGCACGAUCAUUGCUGCCGGAUUCGCUGCUACCAUGGCAUUCAAGCGUUUCUCGCGGUAA